AUGUUGCCUCAGAAGAGGGGACGAAUACCUUCCAGAAUAGCCAUGAACUGUUAUUGGCAAGUCCUGGCCAUUUUCUUACUAUUUCUUCCAAGUGCAUUGUCUCUCCAGCCAGCCCAGCCCAGAGUGUUGCUAGUGUCUUUUGAUGGAUUUCGAUGGGAUUACAUCUAUAAAGUCUCAACUCCCAAUUUUCAUUAUGCCAUGGAGAAUGGUGUUCAUGUCAAACAGGUUGCUAAUGUGUUUAUAACGAAAACGUAUCCUAAUCAUUAUACAAUGGUGACUGGUCUCUUUGCAGAAAGCCAUGGUAUAGUUGCUAAUGAGAUGUACGAUCCUAUUCUGAAUGAAACUUUCUCUCUGAACAAAAUGGAUAUCCAUAACUCCAAGUUCUGGGAAGAAGCCAACCCAAUAUGGGUGACGAACCAGAGGGAAGGACAUAAAACUGGAGCAGCUAUGUGGCCUGGAACAGAUGUGAAAAUUCAUGGAGUCUUUCCUACAUAUUAUAUGCCCUACAAUGAAUCUGUUUCCUUUGAAGAUAGAGUUGCUAGGCUCAUAGACUGGUUUACAUCAGAAGAACCCAUAAACUUUGGUCUCCUAUAUUGGGAACAGCCUGAUGAGAUGGGCCAUAUUCUGGGCCCAGAAAACCCACUUAUGGGACCGAUAAUUAGUGAUAUUGACAAAAAGCUGGGAUACCUUAUUUCUGAACUGAAGAAAGCGAAGCUGUGGGAUGUGAUAAAUGUCAUAGUCACAAGUGAUCAUGGAAUGUCGCAGUCCUCCUCAGAAAGGCUCAUUGAGCUUGAUCAGUAUGUGAACAGAGAGCUCUAUAAAGUCAUUGACCAUUCUCCUGCAGUCGCUAUUUUGCCAAAAGAAGGCAAACUGGAUGAAGUAUAUGAAGCUUUGGCCAAUGCUCAUCCCAACAUGACUGUAUAUAAAAAGGAGCAGAUUCCAGAUAGAUUACAUUACAAACACAACAGUAAAAUUCAGCCAGUCUUAGCAGUGGCUGAUAAAGGAUGGGAAAUUGUAUAUAAUAAGUCUGACGGUUUUCAAUUUGGUAAUCACGGAUAUGACAACAUCUUACCAGAAAUGCAUCCAAUUUUUUUGGCAGUUGGGCCUGCUUUCAGAAAGAAUGCCACCAAAGAAGUCAUGAAUGCUACAGACUUGUACCCCUUAUUGUGCCAUCUACUUGGUAUUAACCCACUGCCAAACAAUGGUUCAUUCAACGCUGUGAAAGAUAUACUUGCUGAAGAAGUUCCUGUAGCCUUUGGAGCAGACACCUAUGCUACUGUUGUAGGAGUCUUUCUGGGCAGCUUUCUUGUCAUGGUUUUUAUUGCAGUUUUUGUUAAGCAUUUUAUCCUUGCCCAAGCAAAUACCAUGCAAGUGCAAUAUACCGAAGCUGCCCAGCCACUGUUGCAAGAUUAGUAACACUUAGUACUAUUUCCUGUUUGAUGCUUAAAAUAAGCUUAUACAAAAAAAAAAUUAAGAGGUGGAUCAGCAUAAAUACG